AUAUGAUUGUUCGAUGAAAGAGCUCUUCUGAUAGGCGUCGACUUACUUGAUCCAGUCAGUUUCUGAUUUUCUGGCUCAUUGUCGGUUGUUUUACGUGUUAGUGGUGCUAAAUUAAUAAUCAUCAGCCAUGGCGCUCAGCGAUGCAGAUGUUCAGAAACAGAUCAAGCACAUGAUGGCCUUCAUCGAACAAGAAGCCAAUGAAAAGGCUGAAGAAAUCGAUGCUAAGGCGGAGGAGGAGUUCAACAUCGAGAAAGGCCGCCUGGUGCAGCAGCAGCGGCUGAAGAUCAUGGAGUACUAUGAGAAGAAAGAGAAACAGGUCGAACUCCAGAAAAAGAUUCAAUCUUCGAACAUGCUGAACCAAGCCCGUCUGAAGGUACUCAAAGUACGUGAAGACCACGUACGCAAUGUACUGGACGAGGCCCGCAAGCGCCUGGCUAACGUGCCCGACAACACCAAACUCUACUCCGAACUUAUUGUCACCCUCAUCGUGCAGGCUCUCUUCCAGUUGGUUGAGCCGCAAGUAACCCUACGAGUGAGGAAAGCAGACGUGACACUGGUGGAGUCCAUCAUCCCAAAGGCUGCAUCAGAGUACAAGUCGAAAAUCCAGAAGGACGUACAACUGAAAGUCGACCAGGAGAACUUCCUGGCGGCAGACACUUGCGGUGGUGUCGAGUUGAUCGCAGCCAAAGGACGUAUCAAGAUCUCCAACACGCUGGAGUCGCGCCUGGAGCUGAUCGCGCAGCAGCUGCUGCCCGAGAUACGUACCGCGCUCUUCGGACGCAACCCUAACCGCAAAUUCACCGACUAAACACCCGGUGGUCACGCACAUACACUUGUUACUACUAACAACUUAUUUAAAGUUUCACAAUUUGUAGAACUAAAAUAAUUAAAGUAAGUGUUUUCCUUUGCCUAAUUAAUUAUAUUAUAAUGUGUACUACUUUAUAGCUAUCUAUAUAUUUUAGAAUCUUUGUUGAUGAAAGGAAGUUGACACAAUAUACUUAUACUUACGUGUAAUCGUGUAUGUUACCGAUUCCUGGAAAAGCUGCUCUUCUCCUAACUGUACGUUAGUUUCGCCGACUAAAGUAUAUUCGAUGUCUAUUAUAAUGUAUUUUAUUCACAAUUCAUUCAUGUAGCACGAUACGUAUAUCUUAGCAAGUAGUUUGUAGGGUUUGGAAAGAUAAUUAAGAAAAUGUUACCAUAUUCCAGGCAGUGCAAAUGGCCUGUGACAUAGUUGAUUCUGUUGACUUUCUGGCUUCAGUAUUAUAAUAGCACAAGUUUUCAGCUUGCUAAUAGUUGGUUGUUAAUCGUAUGUGCAUUUGAUGUUCCGUCUCCUCCGUGUUUAUUGCGGUGAUUCUGUCCCUGUGGCCGGGCAAGGGGGCGGGUCGCGACAGCAUCCCGCGCUGCUCACACUCAAAUCGAGGCAAAGAUUUGGCUGUCGGCAGUGCGGCGCGUGCUCGCUCCCUUACCGCGCUACAACACAUUCCUACUCUGUCUUCUGUCCUGGCAACCAUGUUAACGUUUUGACUCGCUUACGACAGUUGUAAUAAUAUUAUAAUAGAGCACCAUAGCUCUUUACAUAAGAUAAGGUACAGCGUAUAAUUCCCAUUAUAGCACUGUUCAAAUUCUUAUGUAAAUAUAUAGAUGUGUUUA